CAUUAUUAAAUAUGGCGGCGUCAUGGGUACACCGUGGCUUCCUACAUGUCAGUAGGUUUUUGUCUUCUGUGACCUUCACUCGACUGCACAGGGUAAUUGAGCUUCAGAUGACUGCGAUUGGCUGGCGACCAGUCCAGGGUGUACCCCGCCUGUUGCCCAAAGUCAGCUGGGAUAGGCUCCAGCAUACCCCCGCAACAGUAAUGAGGAGACGCGGCAUAGAAAAUGGAUGGAUGGAGCUUCAGAUGAGCAGUGCUGCUACGCCUUCGGCAGCAAAGCACCCGGGAGGUUGGGCGAAGGUUGCUUGGAGAGGAGGAGCCAUGUGCGCAAUGGCAGCGUUGUCAUUCUUGAGUUCGAGUGAAGAUGCUCAGGUGAAAGAAGACGAGAUGAUUCUACUGCUGAAGAAAGCCAAGCUCAGCAUCCUACGGGGUCAGCUGGAGGCUGCGUCUGCUUUUCUGCAUGCCGCCGUCGCGCUGGCUCACCAGACGCACAACCAUCAGGCUGUGGUGUAUGCAUACAGCCAGGUAAUGGCCAACCUAGCUUACAUCCAAGGUCAGCUGGACCACGCUGAGAAACUUUUCAAGGCGGCCAUGAGCUUCAUGCUGGCAGGCGGGAUGCAGCAGGAUGACAACGCCUUCAUUGAGAUGUCCCUCAAACUCGCCACCAUAUAUGCGGAACAGAACAAGGUGGAGCUUGCUGAGCAUGGUUUCAGGUUCUGUUUAGAAACUCUGGAGGUCAAAGUGCAACAGCUCCAAGAGACGCUAAAAGAUCAAUGGACAGACGAGCUGGAGGCUCUGAGGAAGGACACUCGCCUGCUGCUUGGUCUGUGUUUGGACUCUCAUGCUCGGUACAGAGUGGCCACGCUACACCUGAAGCAGGCCGCCGCUGACUACGAGAAGGCUCUGAGCAUCUGCUGCCAGGAGCAGGGGGAAUCCCACCCCCAGACUCUGGUCCUGAUGAGUGACCUGGCCACCAUCUUGGAUAUGCAGGGUCACCAUGACAAUGCCCUGACAUUGAUCCGGCAGGCAGUAGAUCUGGGUCGCUCCUCGGCACACCCAGAGUUACAUGUCCUCCUGGGGAACAUGGCUGGCAUCCUACUGCACACAGGUCAGUUGGACGAGGCCAUCCGAUUGUAUGGGGAGGCUUUGAGUCUGGCCCAGCAAGCUGGAGAUCAGGAGGCCAUGGAGCGCAUUAGAGAGGGGCUGACUGAAGUGAGAAAAAGGAGGGAGGAUGAGUGAUGCUGGGCCGGUCUCUGAUUGGCUGACCAUGUCUAGACAAGUGUGGUUUUAAAAGUAUUUGUGCAUGUUGUUGAAUAAAUAAAGUAGUUCAAAGUUGAACUUUUAUUAAUCAGAAACCAAGCAUUUGUUGUCUUAAUAACCUCUGUAGCCUCCUCGGGCCCCGCCCCGACCUGCUCUGUACCCAGCCCCUCCAUAU